GGUAGCACGCAUGCAUUGGGCUUUCCAAGCCACUUCAACUAUCCCUGGAGCAACCGAACUGGCCUCGGCCAAGACCUCGAACCUCUCAGAGACAACAUCAUGCUUGCGAGUCACUUGACCAUCGUUGCGCAUGUAGCUCUAGCAGUCCUCUCGGCUGGUCACGAGCACAACAUCACUAUGCUUGCCGGUGCGCGACUCCCGGUACAAAGUCCAGAAGAUGGCAACAUCCUACCAGCUCCAGAAGCCUUCGUCGCCCUACCAGCACCAGAAACGGUCUUCGCCAGCCCGGACGAAGACCGUUUCUAUGGAUAUGCGCACGCGUUUGACACGCUGAUCAUGGCAUACAUUGAGUCUGUCUUGGACGAGCUUGUCAAGGCCGCAGACAAGAUGUUCGAGGUCGCCAAAGAGCAUCCCCAGCUCUCCAUCGGAGCUUUACUUGUCAUUGGCGCUCCCCACCUAGCUGGUGGCCCAGCAGUGGCGAUCCUGCAUGCCCUUGGCUUCGAGACAGCAGGAGUUCUUGCCGGAUCUACUGCAGCAGCCCUUCAGUCCGCCAUCGGCAGUGUUACUGCUGGGAGCAUCUUUGCGAUUUUGACGAGUGCUGGAGCUGGAGGCCAUGGUGUGGCUGCCAUCACCGCGGCACUCCAAGGAGCAGGAAUCAGCCUCAUCUUUUCAGAUGUUUUACGCGGCCUGGGAUUUGCGGAUUACUAGGCUUCCUAGUAUCCCUGGCAGCUAUAGCCAAAACUAUUGAACGCCAGUUCGCUGCGGGCAGUAUCUUUCCAGUCGUGUAAAGUGCCAUGUCAGGCAGGUAGCUUGUGGGGUUGGGAGACUGGUGC